AUUCGAUGAAAUUUCUGGAGAAUUAAACCCUAAAAUUCUUCUUCAAUCUUUUUUCCCCCCUGAAUCCCUCCUUAUCCCUUCUGGCAUUCCCCAGAUUUUAUCAACACGUCAUUGACUCACCCCCUUUCAGAUUCCUUUUUCCCUUUGUUUUGUUUUCUUCCAUUUUCAUGAACCCAUAACCUUUUAGGACGUGAAAUAGUUUUCAAGACAUAAAGGACAACAAUUACAAAGCUAGUUGAUCGUCAUCGUCGUCAUAUAAUCGUCUCCAUCGCCUUCUGAAUAUCUCGCGAUUGAAGGGUUUUUGUUGAAGAUUUAGGUACAGGACCCAUAGCAAGCAGGAUACGGUCAUUUUGCUUGAGGUUUUCCAAGUCAUCUCAACUGAAGGCUUGGAUUGAUCAGAGAAGAAGUAAAUGGAAUCCCACCAAGCCAUUGGAAAUGAUAAGCAGUCAGAAGAACCGAGUCCCGAGCCCAAUCAUAAAAAUCCCAGUAAUCUAAGUAUUGAAGUUCCGGCACCAGGUUUAAAAGUUCAUAUUGGCAAUAAUUCAAAGGACGAAGAAACAAAUGAGGGCAAGAAGGAGGCUAAGAAUGAUGGCAGUGAAAGCAAUGUAGAAGUUUCGGCUUCCUGUUUAUCUCGUUCCUCUUCAUCUUCAUCAUCUAGCUCAGAUAAUAAUGAAGAUAAAGCUGAGCAAGAAGGAUACCAAUCACCCGAACCUGAUAUGCCUCAAUGGAGCAUGGUGAGUGCAUCUCCCCGGGGAAGUGGGCCGUUGAAUCUACCUUCAUCAGAUGGUUUAUCCAGGACUCCUGAUUGGGUGAUGUUCCAAUCUUCAAUGAUGAAAUCCCCUCCACCGAUCCAAGCAAUGGGACGAGGAUAUGACCCGAAUCGGAUCCCCUCGUCGAUUUUCUCUACCAAGCCAGGAACACCUUUGGAUUGGAGUGUAGCUUCUAAUGAAUCCUUGUUCAGCAUUCACAUGGGGAACAAUAGUUUCUCUAGAGACAGCGCUAUUCUUCAGGGUCUCGAGUUCGGUGGGAAGCCCGAAGAUUGGAGCAACGUUUCUGAACCUAAAUUGAGCGAGUCCAAUAGCUACACCCCGAAUUUACCCCCUGUUGAGGAGACACCAAGACGAAGUGAUAGUAGUAGGCCUAGUAAUGUAUAUGUUAGGCCUGGGUUGGAGGAAGAAUUGGGUGAAACGCCGAAGGUGGCUCGAGGUGGAACAGGGGAAGAUCAUUCUCAGGAAAAGCCUCGUUUGUCUACUUCCUCUGCAUUCUCAGAUGGAAAAGGAAUCGGGCCGCGGAAAUCUAACGAGAGCACGCAAAGCAGUGACUCCUUUGCCUUCCCAGUUCUGCUAGGUGAAGGGGUAAAGGAAAAUUCCUUGAAAGUGCCUCCUACUGAAAAGCCACCUCAGACACCGGAAUCAAAAUCUCAGGAGGAGGAUCCUAAACCUUCAGAGGCCACGGAGACACAACCUCCUCCGGCCGCUGGUACAGCAAGCUGGUUUUCUUGCUUGCGAUGUUGGCCAAUGACAACAUGCUGUUGAGAUAGUGGAAACAAAGUACUGUAAUAUACAUUGAUAGUACAGUUUGUUGCAAUUAAAGUAAGUUGCAAAAUUCACCAGAGUGGAAGAGGCCUGCUAUUUAUGAUGUCCCUUCCUUCUGAAGAGCAGCAUUUUCUUUGCUUAUUCUAAUUUCGAUCUCUUUUAGAAAUCUUGAUGAUUAGUUUAGUCCUACCCUAAUUACAUCAGAAGUCGCUUUAAUAUGGGUCUUCCCCCAUCACCUAAAGCCAGCCUAGGAUCGAUGUAUGGAUCAUUUAGAUUAUAUCUUUACAGUGGCAAGUGAACAUUCCUUCCUAGAAUUCUCUUUGUCGCCAAAGUUUGAAAAAGAUGGCAUU